AUGUUUGUGCUUUACACGAGUCAUUCCGGUAUCCAUCAUGGCGGAUCUUUUGGGCAGUGACGACUUUCAGGAAGAUCCAGCAGCCGAAUUUUUGGCCAGAGAACAAGAUGAUCUCGCCGAGCUUGGAGAAGAUUUCGGUGAAGAACAGCCAGAAGCUAAUGCAAUGAAUGGACUUCAUGAUGGAUUAGGAGGAAUGGAUCAUCAGCCGGUUGUUAAUGGAUUUGCUGAUGAAGAAAUUUCAGGGGAUCACCAGCCUGCUGUACCCCUUGCAAGAGAUUCUGAACCAGAGUCUGUAAGAAAAUGGAGGGAAGAAAAAGCAGCGCUUCUUGAGAAAAUGGAUACAGAAGAAAAAGCAGAAAUACAAGAAUGGCGUGAAAAAGCUAAGAAGGAACUGAACGACUGGUAUGAGAGACGAGAUGAACAGUUAGGAAAAACACAAACAAGCAACAGGGCCGAUGAAGAAGCCUUUGUAGCAGACCGAGAUGACAGCUCAACCCCUGGUCAUGACUGGGAACGAGUGUGCCGCAACUGCGACUUUAAUCCGAAGGGAACAAAAAAUACUAAGGAUGUAUCGCGUAUGCGAUCAAUUUUCUUGCAAUUGAAGCAAACACCUCUCGUAAAGGAUUAGCACUGCAGUUUCUUAGUUAACUUGUAAUUGAGUAACACUUGUAACAAUUAUCGUUAGUCUCGCUUCAAAGCCAUAUCAUCAAAAGUAGCAUAUAUAAGCCCAACUCCAGCUUCUAGUUUUUUGUUCCUUUUCAAUCCAGUCGUUAGGUAUGAUGAUUGUUGACGUUUAACCGUGACAUCAGCCUUAAUAAGUAAUGUAUGUGUUGAUUGGUAGAAUUCCAAUUACUUUGGAAUGGGUCGUUCAACAAAUUUUGUCCUUGGGUUGAGGUGCAAGGCUGUUGCAAUGUUCAAAAUGUUAGGGAUCAUAGUUUUAAAAAAUCUUAUCAUCUCAGAGAUUUGAAUAUGGAAGUGGCAAUCUGGUUUCAGCAGUGAGCAGCUCGAAGCGUUCUUUAAUUGUUUAGAAGAACUAAAUGUAGGAACACAAUGGCUGGAAGGAGAUGG